CAGUAUGAAUGAAUUAAUCAUCUGACACGAUUUCCCAUUUUUUCCUUAUAGAAUGCCAGAAGUAAUGAAAUAAAGGAAAAAAGGAAUUUGGCACCUACUGUUGACUCCCUUGAUAAAGAAGCAACCAAAUAUACUGCGGAUGACAGGUUUACCAAAGAUUUUAAAGAAAUAGAACCGAUUGGCUCUGGUGGAUUUGGCCGAAUUUUCAAAGCAAAACACAGAAUUGAUGGAAAGGUCUAUGCUAUCAAACGUGUUAAAUAUGAUAAUGAGAAGGUGGAGCGGGAAGUGAAAGCACUGGCAGCCCUCUCUCAUCCCAAUAUUGUUCAGUACUAUCAUUGUUGGGAAGGAACCGAUUACAGUGAUCCUGAUACGGGGGAAAGUGGGGAUAGUAUGGUUAGUAGUUCAAGAUCCAAUUGUGAUGUUAAGACCAAGUGCCUUUUGAUACAAAUGGAAUUCUGUGAUAAAGGGACAUUGGAGCAGUGGAUUGAAAAUAAAAGAGGGGCCAAACCAGACAAACCUUUGGCUUUGGAGUUAUUUCGGCAAAUUACAACAGGACUGGAUUAUAUACAUUCUCAGGAGUUGAUUCAUAGAGACCUGAAGCCAAGUAACAUAUUGUUAGUAGAUGAAAACAAAAUAAAGAUCGGAGACUUUGGACUUGUAACAAAAUUAAAAAAUGAUGAAAAGCGAACUGUUAACUUGGGAACUUGCCGAUAUAUGAGUCCAGAGCAGAUUGAUUCAGAAGACUAUGGAAAGGAAGUGGACAUCUAUACGUUGGGGCUCAUUCUUGCUGAACUUCUUUACAUAUGCCCAACGAUUUCUGAAACAAUAAAGAUUUUCAAAAAGCUAAAGAGUGGCUCUUUUCCAGAUGUAUUUGAUGCUAAAGAAAAAAUGCUUCUGCAGAAACUACUGUCGGUAGAACCCGAGAAGCGACCCGACACAUCCGAAAUACUGCAGACAUUGGACAGGUGGAACCAGGAGUCGAUCCAAAAGCAGAGAAAAACAUGCUAGGGACCUUUCGAAAAGUAUCUCAGUUCUAAUUGAUUUUUCUGUGGUUAACUAAAAUCUACAGGAGGGUAUUGCUAGACAUUUAAGUAUUGUUUUUAUCCAUUUUACCCUUGUUUUACUACAUUUGUAGAAAUAUUUUAAUUUCUACCUUGAUAAUAUGCUUACCGUUGCCCUUCCCUGACUUUUCCCUGCUGGGGAAAAGCCCUCAAAGUGUCUUUAUAAUUAAUUAAUGAAUCCACAAAUACAUUUAUAUUAAAUAUCUGCUGUUUUUUUAAGCCAAAAACAUAUAUUUAUUUCCCUUCCUUACAAUGGCUUGCAAGCCAGUUGGAGAAAUAUGAUUCUCAUAAAAAGUUAAUUUACAAAUAAUGUUGGAAAAGACUUUGAUAUUAUCUAGUAAAAUCUAAGCAGUACAUAACCCUCCAACUAUCAGUUCCAUUCCCAUAUACACAGUUAGUGGAUUGUUCACAGGAACCUUGGUUAUAGUAGCCAAAAGCACAGGAAACAGCCAUAAUGCCCAUCAUAAAGAACAAUGGAUUAAAACAUU